AUGGAAGAGGUGGAGAAGGAAGUUUUGGAGGAUCGUCCUUCUGAGGCUGCCAUGGAAGAACUUCUAGAGGAUCGUCCUUCUAGAGUGGCAAUGGAGGGUGGGGUUAUACCAGGCAAGCUGUUUGUUGAAAGGUUGCAAUCUGACUUGAUGGCCUUAAUGAUAAUUGUGGAUUUGAUAUGCAACAGGCAAAUUUUGGAUUCUGUGCUCAUUGCCAAUGAAUGCCUAGAUAGCAAGUUGAAGAUUCGUUUACUGGGUAUGGUUUGCAAGCUUGACAUUGAAAAAGCCUACAAUCAUGUUAAUUGGGAUGCCUUGUUCUACUUGUUGGAUAGAAUGGGUUUUGGGGUGAAAUGGAGUGGGUGGAUUAAGGCAUGUGUCACUUCUGUCCGGUUUUUUGUCCUAGUGAAUGGAUCCACUAAAGGUUUGAGGGUUAAUGUGGGGAAGAGUGAGGUUGUCCCUAUUGGGAAGGUGAAUAAUCUGAUUGCUUUGGCUGAUAUUCUUAGUUGCAGAGUAGGAAGUUUGCCUAUGAAAUACUUGGGGAUGCCACUUGGUACUUCUUUUAAGACAGUUUCUAUUUGGAAUCCCAUUCUGGAGAAAAUGGAGAAGAAAUUAUCGGGAUGGAAGAAUACUUUAUUGAAGAAUACUCCUUUCUAG